AUGGAUCUCUCCUAAUAUAAUUUAGUAAGAAAGAUUAUGAGUAUUGAUAGGUUGAUGAAAACUCAGAUUACAUAAUUUUACAACAUAAAUAAAACAGUUAAUUAUAUGUGUAUAAAGAAUAUGAAAUACCAAAAUUUAUAGGGAAAAAAUAAAUACUAACAAAUUCAUAAUUGAUAGAGAUUUUAGAAAAUAGGAAAUAAUUAGAUUGUGUUAAUUUAUUAUAAGUUACAGAUUAUGUUUUAACAUCAAAAUUAUGUUUGUUGUAUGAAUAAUACUUAAAAAAUUUUGAAGAAGAAUUAUAAAAGCGUAGAAAUACAAAUUAAUAUUGGUCUGAAGAAGAACUUUAUAAUACAUUUUAAGCUUGUCUUUGUGCAAUGAAAUCGUUUCAUGAUGUAUAUAUAUAUAUAAUAAAAUAUAUAGUUUGGAUUAUGUCAUAGUUGUAUAAAUCCAAAUUCGAUAGUAUUUAGUUAGGAUUCUUAAGUGAAAUUAGCAGAUCAUUUUGCAGUAACAUAAUAAUUUAAGAGGAAUUAUUGUCAUGUUCCAGAUAAUGAGGAAUAUGGUUAUUGGUCACCUGAAAUAAUAAAUGAAUUUGAAGGAUGGAAAUAGAAAUAUGAAACAUUUGAAGCAGAUAUUUGGGCAUUAGGGAUUGUAUUUUUAGAAGCUAUGACAUUAAAGUCAGGUUUUGAUUUUUAUUUCAUUGAUGAAAAUAAUAAAUUAUACAUAGACUACUAACUAUUAUAGGAUAGUUUUGAUGGAUCUAAAGAAUAUUAUUCAUAAGAAUUGAUUACUUUAAUUUAAACAAUGUUAACUAUCGAUCCUUAGGAAAGGACUUGGGAAAGUAUUAUUGAAUAAAACAUCAAAAUAUAGGAUAUACAAUAAUAAUAAAUUCAUCCACAAAUAUAACCAAUUCCAGAGGAAAGUGAAGAAGAAAGUAUAGUAUAAGAAAAGAUAGGUUGUGAUAAAAAUAAGUUAUUAAAUAUGUUGGACAGUUGUUUAAUUAAAUCUAGAUAAUUGAUUAAAGAGAAUGAAAGUAGGAAAUCUAAGAGACCUAGUUAGGAUAAGAUUUUUUGUAGUUAAGCUACACCUCCUAAAGAAAAGGAAGAUAUUAAUUCAAGUUUAUUAAUGCUUAUGAAAGGAAAACAUUCUAAAAAGAAUUCUAAUGAUUCUAAUGGAUCUAUUCUUAAAGAAAUACCUUAAAAUAAAUAAAAAUAAAGACAAAAAUCAUGUUAAGAUAUUUUUGAAAAAAUUGUAUUACAUAAUUCCACUUUACAAGAUUCAAAUAUUAUGGAUCCUAAUGAUUUAUCUAAUUUAAUGUAAAUCUUUAAAUCAUAUACAGGAGAAGGUAAAAAUAAAAUUAUGCAUGGUAAAGGACAUUUAGUAUUUUAAAAUGGCGCUAUUUUAUAAGGGUAAUUUUAAUUAUUAUUUUAAUAGAACUUUUAAAGAUGGCAAAGUUAAUGGAUAUGGAAUUUUAUUAAUAAAUGGAUAAAUUAUAGUAGGGAAUUGGGAAAAUAAUAUUUUGAUUUAAAUUAUGUGA